ACUUAACUUAAUUAAUAUUCAUAAUCCAUGCCUUCCUCACAGUAAGAUUCGUUUAUUGGACAGGUGUUCGAGGCUUAUUUACAAACGUCAGUAAUCCAGCCAAUCAAUAAAGCGUUCUCGGCUCGCGUCACGUGGCGUCAUUAAUAUUCAUGAGCAAAGCCUUCGCCGUAGUAGGUUCGUCCGGUCAGCGCGGAGUCUUCAGCGGCAGAGAGUGAGUGGAGCUCGGUUCAGCUGUUUGUGGUUGAAGAUGGCGGCGUGUAGACGUGUUCAGCUGCUGCUGCUCCUCAUGUCUCUCUGCCUGCUAACCGUACAGGCUCUUAAACCUCUUCCAGGUUUCGGGAAUGCCCAUCCUCCGGCUGCCGCCAUGCACCAGCAGUUCAGAGCCGCGCUACCGAAUCCCGGGAAUAACGCCGUCGCCGCCGCGUCCUCCGGUGCUCAGUCUAGAAGAUCCACCGGCUGGAAGCUGGCAGAAGAACAGGCCUGCCGGGACGACGUGACCCGGCUGUGUCCAAAACACACCUGGACAAAUAACCUGUCUGUACUGGAAUGCCUGCAGGACAAGAAGGAGGACACAGAAAUUGCUGCAGACUGCAACCAUCUGUUGUGGAACUACAAGCUGAAUCUGACCACAGAUCCGAAGUUUGAGUCCGUGGCGUUGGAAGUGUGUACGAGCACCAUGUUAGAGCUGAAAGAGUGUGCAGAUGAGGAGCGGGGGAAAGGCUAUCUGAUGUCCUGCCUGGUGGACCACCGCGCCAACAUCACAGAACGCCAGUGCCAUCAGUAUAUCACCAAGAUGACCAGCAUCGUCUUCAGCGACUAUCGGCUCAUAUGCGGCUUUAUGGACAAAUGCAGAGAAGACAUCAACACCCUGCAGUGUGGAAGCAUCACUGUCGGAGAAAAAGACCUGCAUUCUCAGGGUGAGGUGAUUGCGUGUCUGGAGAGGGCUCUGGUCAGGGAAGCAGAACAGCAGGAUAAGGCUCAUCAAAUCAAGGAUACCUGCAAAAAGUCCAUCAUGAGAGUGGCUGAACUGUCAGCCGACGACUUCCACCUCGACCGCUACCUCUACUUCUCCUGCCGAGACGACCGGGAGCGCUUUUGUGAAAAUACCCAGGUGGGAGAGGGCAGAGUGUACAAAUGCCUGUUCAACCAUAAAUUUGAGGAAGCAAUGUCAGAAAAGUGCAGAAACGCCCUGACCACUCGGCAAAAGCUCAUUGCUCAAGAUUAUAAAGUCAGUUACUCCCUUGCAAAGGCCUGUAAAGCCGACCUACGCAAAUACCGUUGUAACCCGGACACUAGCAUGCCUCGCGCCCGAGAGGCCAGACUCUCCUACCUCCUCCUCUGCCUGGAGUCUGCUGUUCACAGAGGCCGUACGGUGACCGGAGACUGUCAGGGUGAGAUGCUGGACUACAGACGCAUGCUAAUGGAGGAUUUCUCUCUGAGCCCUGAGAUCGUGUUGCAUUGUCGAGGGGAGAUUGAGGCGCACUGCUCAGGACUGCACCGCAAGGGACGAACCCUGCACUGCCUCAUGAGAGUCACCCGCGGGGACAAGGGCACGGUGGACAACCUCUGCCAGACAGCACUCCAGACUCUUAUCCAGUCGGCAGACCCCGGUGCUGAUUACCGGAUUGAUCGUGCUUUGAAUGAAGCCUGUGAGUCUGUGAUCCAGACGGCCUGCAAACACAUCCGCAACGGAGACCCUAUGAUUCUGUCUUGUUUAAUGGAGCAUCUUUACACAGAGAAGAUGGUUCAAGACUGUGAACACCGUCUUCUGGAGCUGCAGUACUUCAUUUCAAGAGACUGGAAGCUUGAUCCUAUCUUAUACCGUAAAUGUCAGAACGACGCGUCCAGACUGUGCUACACACCUGGCUGGAAUGAGAGCAGUGAGCUCAUGCCUCCUGGCGCUGUGUUCUCCUGCCUGUACCGCCACGCUUACCGGACAGAAGAGCAGGGCAGACGGCUCACCAGGGACUGUAAGGUGGAAGUCCAGAGAAUUCUUCACCAGAGAGCUCUGGAUGUGAAGCUGGACCCUGAGCUCCAGAAACGCUGCAUGACUGACCUGGGCAAAUGGUGCAGUGAGAAGACAGACACCGGACAGGAGCUGGAGUGUCUUCAAGACCAUCUUGAGGACCUGGUGUCAAACUGCAGAGACGUGGUGGGCAACCUGACAGAACUGGAAUCUGAGGACAUUCAGAUUGAAGCCCUGCUGAUCCGAGCCUGUGAGCCGGUCAUCCAGAGCCACUGCCGCGACGUAGCUGAUAAUCAGAUAGACACGGGGAAUCUUCUGGAAUGCCUGGUGCAGAACAAACAUCAGAGGGAAAUGAAUGAUAAAUGUGCUGUGGGCGUCACUCAUUUCCAGCUGGUUCAGAUGAAGGACUUCCGCUUCUCCUACAAGUUCAAAAUGGCCUGUAAAGAGGACGUUCUCAAACUCUGUCCCAACAUUAAGAAGAAGGCGGAUGUGGUCAUCUGUUUGAGCACCACAGUGAGGAACGACACUCUACAGGAUGUGAAAGAUCAGCGAGUGUCUCUCAAAUGUCGGAAACAGCUGAGGGUGGAAGAGCUGGAGAUGUCAGAGGACAUUCGACUGGAACCUGAGCUGCAUGAUGCUUGUAAGAAGGAUAUCAACAAGUUUUGUUCCUCUGUCGCCUAUGGAAAUGCUCGGAUCAUUGAGUGCCUCAAAGAGAACAAGAAGCAGCUGUCCCAGGUGUGUCAUCAAAAGAUCUUUAAGCUUCAGGAAACUGAAAUGAUGGAUCCAGAGCUGGACUAUCAGCUCAUGAGAGUGUGCAAGCAGAUGAUCAAGCGUUUUUGCACAGAGUCGGAUGCUAAGAACGUGCUGCAGUGUCUGAAGCUGAACAAGAACAGUGAGCUAAUGGAUCCCAAGUGUAAGCAGAUGAUCACCAAGAGACAAAUCACUCAGAACACAGACUACAGAUUGAACCCAGUGUUGAGGAAGGCUUGUAAAGCAGAUAUACCCAAGUUCUGUCAAAGUGUACUCAAUAAAGCCAGUGACGCCAACGAACUGGAGGGUCAAGUCAUAUCCUGCCUUAAACUCAAGUAUGCAGACCAGCGGUUAUCGGGAGACUGUGAGGAUCAGAUCAGAGUGAUUCUUCAGGAGUCAGCGCUUGACUACCGGCUCGAUCCACAGCUCCAGGUUCACUGCAGGAACGAGAUCACGCGGCUGUGUGCAGAGGAAGCUGCCGCGCAGGAACAGACGGGUCAAGUGGAGGAGUGUCUGAAGAAUAACCUACUGAAAAUUAAACAGGAGGAGUGCAAGACGGAGGUGUUGAACAUGCUCACAGAAAGCAAAGCAGACAUAUUUGUGGACCCUGUCUUACACACAGCCUGUGCUCUGGAUUUGAAGCACCACUGUGCAGCCAUCAACCCUGGAAGAGGCAGACAAAUGUCCUGUUUGAUGGAAGCUCUGCAGGACAAGCAGGUGCGUCUACAGCCGGAAUGUAAGAGAAGAUUACAGGACCGCAUAGACAUGUGGAGCUAUGCAGCAAAGGUGGCACCAGCUGAAGGUUUCUCGGACCUCGCUGCGCAAGUCUUAACGUCACCUUCGAAGAAUUACAUCCUGUUCGUGAUUGCGCUGGGCGUGUCCAUCCUCUUCCUCUUGGGGCUGCUGUGUGGCCGCAUCACUAAACGUGUGACCAGAGAGCUGAAAGACAGGUAGAGCGAGGAUGCCGCCCAUCCGCCAUUUCACGCAUCAUUUCCUGCCCUCGCUGUUCUCUGUACUCACACCUGCGAAGACUCUGGGAGCCGUCAGUGGACCUUCUGUGGGCCGGUCCAUGUUUGGAACCCUCUCGAGCCCAUCCUGCCACUGAAACUCACCUCAAUCCAAACAUACAGCCUUUGAAACGCUUCUCAGACAGGAUCAAGAUCGUUUGGGGACAUUAUGCCUUGAGUAUAUGUUUUUUAUUUUUGUUUUGAGAAUGACAGCCUUACUUCUUGACUGUAGUAUGGUCAUGUGUCAAUGCAGUAUUUUUAUCGUUGUCUUUUUCCAUUUUUUUGAGAACGAUGGGGCUUUAUCAGCAGCUUACAUGAAAAUUCAGGAGCCAUCUUUAUAUUUGUUUUUCACUUCAGUUUUUUAAAUCACAAGGUGGAAUUCACUUUGGGUGGGAUUAGUUUUUGGGUGUCUUCUGAAUGUUUUGGCAUUGGGGAGGGAAGAUGGGUUUUCUAUAUGAAUAUGAUGAACUCUACUGACACUGACACAUGAAACGGUGGUCUUUAUUAGUCAGGACAAAGACGUUUAAGAUACAUUAGACAUCAAGUGCUAAACUUGCAAAGUAUGACAUAUUAAUAGAUGGUUUGACAGUUAAGGUGGUUUGAUUAUCAAGGGCAAAGACAAACAGAAUAAUAUUAAACACGUCUUUGAGUGAAUCUCAUUAAAACAUGUCCAUGCUCUAAUAUAUAUAUAUAUUUGUUCAUGACAACCCCCCCCCCCAUUUCACUUAUCUUUUAAUUCCCAUUAUGCACAAUAAUUUUUUUUAUUGCUUUAAUACAGUAUUUUCACUGUUUUGUUUUUUGAUUUAUUUAAAUCAACAAAGACAGUACAACAAAAGAAAAUAAUGUUAUGUCAUAUAAUUUUCUUUAAGCAUAAUUUAUUUUUAUUUUGGUCUGAAAUAUGACAAACUUGGUCUUGGACUGGUUUUGUGAGAUUCCCUUACUGAUAUGUCUGGUUUGCACAAUAAUAAUGCAUUAGACAUUAAAUGAUUAAUAAACUAAGAGUACGAAAUUCAAAUAGGCCUGUACCUCUGUCAGGAGGUUUAAUGUUAAAGACGGUUUGAUCGUCCAGAGCCAAGUUUCCUGCGGACCAACAUUGUGACUGAACAGGACGAUAUACUCUGUUAGAUGCAUUUUUUUCAGAGGUACUUUGAAUGUUCACAGGAUGAUUGCACUUUUUUGAUGUUUUGUUGUGUUUGGCUUAAGCCUUAUUUAUUGUUUACAACAAAUGUGCUGAUCUUGGUUUCAAAUUUGCGUGCCUCUGUGCGUGCAAGCGAGUCUGUGUGUGUGUAUAGAGAUAAAAAUAUGUUUUAGAACUUAUUUCAUAGCUAUGUUCUAAUGUUGCCUUUUCUCUUUCUCUGUCAUACCAGUGAAAGGAAACAUUCAUUAGUCCCCAUGGAUGGUGGCUCUGUAUUUUUCAAAGCUGAACCCACAGACAUCUCUAGUAUGAAAAGGAAUGACAUACUUGUCUUUUUAAUUUGUUACUGAGUUACUCUGACAAUAACUGUGAUGAUUAUAUGCAUAACGUUUGCUGAAUACAAAAAGGUUUUCUAAAAGUCAAUGCAUGCUUUUUCCCAGAUCUCAUUCUGUAUAACCUCAUAUAUGCGUUGCUUUGGGAAAAUGUAAUUGGGUGAUUCUCAUGAAAUCCUGUUCAGGUCAAAUUUUACCCCCAACUCAAAAGGAAAAAAAAAAAUUUAAUUAUUUUUUUAAUCACAGUAUUUUUACAGCUAAACCAGUUGUCAUGAAAAUAAUAGUGCAAAAACUGAAUGGAAAAAAAAAAAAAUAAUAAAAAAAAAAAAGAAUUUAUACACACACACACACACACACACACACAUUAAAUAUGAUCAAUAUUUCACCACAAAUUAAAUGAAAAAAAUUAAAUAACACCUUUUGCACUAAUAUUUUGAUGGGUUUUGUGGGAUUCACCCUUUCAUUUUCUUAUAUUUUCUUGACAAGAGCUGUACCACUAUUGAGAAGUUUUCUAUGGAUUCGGUUUUCUAAAUCCAUGCACAUUUGUAAAUGCUGUCUCUCAAAGAGUGUGUAACUCCAUGAAACUAAUUUGUCCACUGUCCUUGUAUUAAAGGGAUAGAUCACCCAGAAAUGAAAAAUCUCAUCAUUAUUGACCUUCGUGUUGUUCCAAACCUGUAUGCAUUUAUUUCUUCUGCUGAACGCAGUAUUUUGAAGAUGUUUCAGUUUGUGUUAACUUAAUGUAUUUUUGUCCAUACAAUGGAAGUCAAUGGGUACCAAAACAGUUUAGUUUCCAAUAUUCUUCAAAAUAUCUUCUUUCGUGUUUCACUGAAAGGUUUGGCACAACAUUGAGUGUGAGUAAAUGAAUUUUCAUUUCUGAGUGCACUAUCCCUUUAACAGUUUCAAAAAUAUCUCAGACUCCAAAAUUUGGGAACAGAUUUGUACAUUUGAAUAUUUUGCUUCAGAGCUCGAGAGGCUACAGGUGCACUGCUUACCUCUAGCAUUGAUGACCUCAAUGUUAUUCUGUAAAUAAUAGAUCCAAUGUGCAAAUCACAGACAGAGUCCGAGAUUUCUGCUUGAUUGAAAUUUGGACUGUAAAAUUCUACUGAUCAUAUGAUCAUGUUUGACUAUAUAUUGUAGAUAAGUAAAUGUUAAAAGUUACAUUAUUCCAAAUAUAUUUCUCCUAAUUCAUGUUUUUUUGAGACUGGUCAUGAUGGUCUGUUUGGUUUAACUGUUCUAUUCAUUCUUCUUUUUUUUUUUUGUUAGGUUGUUUCUUUACUAUCUUACAUAUAACUGGUUUAUAGUGGCUUUUUAUGACAUUGAUUGGACUGUAAAAAAAAAAAAAAGAAAAGAAAUCACAAAGCUGACAGUGAUGGGUCAUAGAUCUAGACUCAAAGUGAGCCUGUGUUCUGUUCGAUCUGGACUCUGUACUAGUGUGGAAAAUAAGUGAUCCUUAAAUGGUUUUGGAGGAGGUGCAUGGAAUAUCAAGUCCUUCCAACUUUCUCUUUUAAAAAAAAAAUAUUUUAGCUUGGAAAAUUAGUUUGUUUGUUUUUUUAUUUUUUUUUAUACCUUUUUUUUUAAUUGUGCACAAUUCACGUUGCCAGAGAUUUUCGGAUUCAGGCGAAAUACCGUUUUUUGUUUCUUUGGGUCUUUGUGUUUUGAAAGCAUCUUUUGAAGCCACAAGCAAAAGCAAAAUCUGGUGACAUUGCAGAUCAUAGUGCAGAGCCAAAGAUGAUCCUGCUUUGUUUAAAAUGGCCUUUCUCUGCUCCUCUGGACUGUAAGCGGCUCCAACGUCUGCUGGACAGCAGUUUGUCAUGUUUCACAUUAACUGCAAAUGGACUAAGCAUCAUAAAAAAAGGUUAUGGCUGUGAUUUUUUUUUUUUUUUUCCUCAGUUUCUUCAUUUUGCCAUGUAACAUUAAUGUGACAAAUCCGACUUUUUGUUGGUUUCCCUAAUUCUGUACAGAUGAAUUAUCAGUUUAAUAAAAUGCUGUAGAUUUUCUUA